AUGCGGCGGCGCGGUGAGAUCGAAAUGGCGACCGAGGGUGAUGUGGAGCUGGAGUUAGAGACCGAGACCAGCGGCCCGGAGCGGCCUCCCGAGAAGCCACGGAGGCAUGACAGUGGUGCUGCUGACCUGGAGCGGGUCACUGACUAUGCGGAGGAGAAGGAGAUCCAGAGUUCGAAUCUGGAGACGGCUAUGUCAGUCAUUGGAGACAGAAGGUCCAGGGAACAAAAGGCCAAACAGGAGCGGGAGAAGGAACUGGCGAAGGUCACUAUCAAGAAGGAAGAUCUGGAGUUGAUAAUGACAGAGAUGGAGAUCUCUCGAGCAGCUGCAGAAAGGAGCUUGCGGGAACACAUGGGCAAUGUGGUGGAGGCUCUUAUUGCCCUAACCAACUGAUAAUGUGCUUUUUCAGACAUUCUGGACUGAUUUGCUGAAACAAAGUGUUUCAU